AUGAGACUCGUGCUAGUUAUAAGAUUCACCAAUGCCCUAUCAUCAACGGAACAGAUUCCUGACUUGUCAAUACCGAUUAGCAUAAACUUUGAUAAGGACGACGUCAACAAGUUGAUCAGCACAACAUGGUUGAAAUCGACAAUCAGGAGUAAAUUGCCACAAUGCUCAACUAAGCGUUUGAAAUUGAUUUACAAUGGAAGAGUUUUGAACGAAAAGACUGAUUUAGCAAAGGAAGUUUUUAAGCCACGGUUGGCAGCUUUAUCAGAAAAUGACUUGAUAUACAUUCAUUGUGUUGUGAGUGAGGAGUUAACAAGGAAGCAACUUGAAGACGAAAAUAAAUUAGACAACAAGCCGCAAGAAGUUACAACCACUCCCAAUGUAAUAGGUUUUGAUCGUUUAUUACAGCAAGGCUUUUCCAGAGAAGAUGUCAAUGAUUUAAGGCAGCAAUUUUAUCAGAUUUACGGACAUGAUUCUGCGGGUGGUGCGAGCAGUGAAAUAGCUGACUUGGAAGAAGACGAAACGAGGCAAAGGAAUUUGCGGCAAUUGGAGGAACGAUGGAUUGAGUCGACGUCGAAUAACGAUGCGACUGAUCAAGAAGCUAUAACAAGCAACACCGCCCUGGCAGGACCCGAAACAGCUGAUCAAGUACCGCCUCAGACCCCAUUGGAUACAGACGAGACAAGAGUCAAUGAGGAUUUACUACUUGGAUUCUGUCUCGGUGUUUUUCUUGGAGUUAUAUCGGUCGUAUUCCUUUUGAUUGACGACACAGUUUUCAACAAACGACAAAAGAUGGCAAUCAUAGCAGGUCUAGCCAUUAAUUUUUCGUUGGCAUUAGUAAGAGGUUUGUGGUUGUAG